AUGAGCACCGAUGUUUAUGCUAAACCCACUGAUAGCCACCUCUACCUACCUUUUUUGAGUUCACACCCCGUACAUUGCAAAAGAGCAGUCCCCUUUGGGGUAGCUUUAGGAAUAAAACGCAAUUGUUCUACUGACGAGUUUUUACAAAAUAGAUGUAAGGAAUACAAAGGAUAUUUGAAAUCGCAAAAUUAUCUAGCGGAGCUUGUUGAUAAACAGUUCGACAAAGCUCUCAGUAUGCCAAGAGCCGAACUUUUAAGGAAAAAGGUCAAGCCAGCUAAGAAAGUUUUCCAUUGGUGCUCGACUACAAUCCAAUUUUGCCAGAUAUCCAAAAAGUUAUUAAAAAGCACUUUUAUCUAUUACAGUCCUCACCAGAGGUCAAAGAAAUUUUUCCUUCCAAGUCAAUAUUUCCCGCUUAUCGUAGAACCAAAAAUCUUAAGGAGAUGUUGGCGCCAUCAAAAUUUUGGGUAA